UUCUGCUCAGUUGGCGAUCCAUUCAGUUGGCCUUUGUCGCUUGUCGCCUCUCUUCUAGGUCGUCAUCGGCUUGAUCACUGCCUCUCUACUUGGUUGCCGCCGCCGCCGCCUAGUGCGCUUACAGCCACCGUCAGAUGAGAGCUGAGAGCUGCUCGUGGGUGUCUGAGUCCGUUGCCGCAUUGGAGAGCUUAAACGCAGUGAUGGCUUUAUCACAAGAAAAUCAAGAAUUAUUGCAUUUGUUGAAUUGGUGGUUGGUGAUGGCUAAAGCAGUGCAUGAAUUUUUCUUUUUUGAGUGUUUGACAAUGAUACUGAAGCGAUGCCAAGUAAGUCAUGUGUCUUGCAUGAUGGAUUGUUCUCUUGGUACCAACUCACCACAGAGAGCAGUCUAUCUGAGACAACCUAUUCUUCCCAAAAAAGGAAGAGAUCGAGCUGUGAUCGUGAUGACUUAAUGCUAAAAAGGUAAGAGAAGAUGGCCUAAACAAUGGCUGAAAUCUUCAAGGAUGCCACAAAAAAUCUAAGGAUGCAUAUAGAAAGGGCUGAACGCAAGAAGCGGGUGGAUGGGAUGAAAGAGUAACUUUAUGAAGAACUUAUUAAGGUUGAGGGCAUCUCAGAUGAGGACCGUAUUGCUGCCUAAGUGAAGAUGGUUUCUGAUGAGAGCUUGCUCAUUGGAUUUUAUACCAUACCUGCUGGUGAGAGGGCUGGUGCGAUCCGACAGAUUACAGGCUGGUGUAAUUAACUUAUGAGACUUUUGAGAUGGUUGGAAGAGUAUUUAACAUCUAUCUUAAACUUUUGAUUUGUAAGAUAUAGAAUAUAUUACAUGCUUAUGCUUAAUGUGACUCCUGAGCAGUGAGAUAUAGAAUC